CACAGAUGUUUAGCACACAGCUGCCCUUCCAAAAGCGAUCGCGUCUUCAAUGGUUGAUAAUGAAAUCCAAACAGCGGCGCAGGGCGCGGGUACUCUGAUGAUACUGAGCAGCCUGAGCACCGUGUCGCUCGAAGACGUGAGAGCCGUGGCGCCCGGCUGUCUUCUAUGGCAGCAGACGUACAUUUUUCGCAACCGAUCUCUCACCGAGUCGCUGGUCAAGAGGGCAGCUGCCUGCGGCUUCGCGGCCAUUGUGGUCACCGCGGACUCUGCCGUGCCUGGAGAUGGCGUGUUGCACCUUGCGUAUCUGUCACAACUGCCACAUGGCCUCAGUUUCGCCAAUUUAGAGGCAGCUUAUAUGGAUGAGGUCCAUGGAUGCAAGCCCCAAGACAAGUAUACGAGCGACAUGGAUGUUCUGGCUUCAGCCACGUGGAACGACAUCGAAUGGCUACGAGGGCUCUCGAAGCUGCCUAUAGUUGUCAAGGGCGUCCUUACUGCCGAAGCGGCGCUCCAAGCACACCGCCAUGGUGCAGCGGCCGUCAUCGUGUCCAACCAUGGAGGCCGCCAGCUGGAUGAAACUCCUGCCGCAGUGCGUGAAUCAUAUUUGAAAUAUCUCAACUACCAAUGA